GGAGGAGGAGGAGGGGAGGGAGGAGGAGGAGGAGGAGCAGGGUUUGGAGGGUCUCUCUCUUUCGGUCGGUGGCUGUUCGGACUACUUCUGUGCGACUUCUUCGUUACGUCGGACGUUCUCAUGUGUACCUCCAGCAUCCUGCACUUGUGCACCAUCUCUCUAGAACGGUACAUCGGAAUCAGAUACCCACUCUGGACCAAAAACAAAUCGAAACGAGUCGUUCUGCUCAAAAUCGUCCUGGUGUGGACUAUAGCCUUAGCCAUCACCAGCCCCAUAACGGUUCUAGGGGUUGUGAGGGCGCAGAACGUCCUUGUGGAUGAUGUGUGUGUGGUCAACAACGAACAUUUCAUCAUCUACGGUUCAAUCUUCGCCUUCUUUCUGCCUCUGGCCAUUAUGAUUUUGAUGUACGCUUUGACAGUGAGGAUGCUGAAUAAACAGGCGAGACUUUGUCAGACGAGGAGAGCGGACGACGGGGAGGGGGAGCCCAUGAUCAGGAGGUCGACGAGCCGGAGAAACUGGCAGGGGCGACGGAAGUUUUACGGGCGGGAGGUGCUGAGUGCCACGCCCUCCUGUUGUGACCCUCGGAGCGGGGGUGGGGGAGGUGGGGGCGAUUCAGGAGGUGGUUCUGGAGGUGUAUUGUCUUUCCAUCAGCGGUACCGGCCGCUAGGGGGAGGUGUGAGUAGGCAUAAUACGAUACCGUUGUAUCAUAACAAUCAUCACCAUCAUCAUCAUCAUAAUCAUAAUCACCACAAUCAUCAUCAGCAGCAGCAUCAUCAUCGGAAUCAUAAUAGCAGUUACGCUCAUCAUAACAAUUAUCUCCCUCUGAAUAGACAUCAUCAGAUUGAGAGGAGGGAGACUACCAACUGUUGUGGUGUCGGGGGUGUGGAUUGGGGAGGAGGUGGUGAACCCAAACGUCUCCGAGAGCUGGUGCGAAAACACCACGUAGCCGUGAAAGCGGCGAACAUUCUUCUCUUGAAGCGAGAUGGACAACAACAACAGCAACAACAACAACAACAACACCAUCAACAAAGAGGUCAAGGGGGAGUCCAGGGGCCAGGGUCAUCGGUUCACCACGGGGGUCACCACGGAGGCUCUACGUCAUCGUCCACGAACUACAGCGUGAGGCGAGACAACUCUGUGCGCACGGAGCAAAAAGCUUCCAAAGUCCUGGGCGUUGUCUUUAUGAUCUUCGUCGUCUGCUGGGCGCCCUUCUUCACCGUCAACAUCCUGACAGUUCUCUGCACCUCGUGCAGGUUCGAACCCACCCUCAUCACGGCCUUCGUGUGGCUGGGAUACGUCUCCUCCACACUCAACCCCAUCAUCUACACCAUCUUCAACAACAUCUUCCGCAUCACGUUCAUCAAACUGUUGUGUUGCCGUUACAGACUGCUGCACAGGGCAAGAAGUAGCAGUCACAUGACCGGUCUCAGAAACGGAAUCCUGGCCUGUAACGCCUUCUGCCCCGCCCCCCUCGCUGUCCAGACGUCCAACAGUAACGUCACAAACUCCACGUUACACGAUGAGUCACACUGCUAAAUAUAGGAUGAGUCACACUGCUAAAUAUAGGAUGAGUCACACUGCUAAAUAUAGGAUGAGUCACACUGCUAAAUAUAGAAUAUUAUGAUGCGUGCAAUCGUGGUGCGUGGUGGAACCAGGCG